CUCUGCGCCACUGGCCGCCUCCUAGCGGCCCGGGCGGCCACCGCGCUGUCCGCCCCGCCCAAGUCCCGGGGCUCCGCGUUCCGCUGCCGGCGGAGGGAACUACACUUCCCAGAGCACCCCGAGCUGCUCUUCUGCGACUCCUCGGCGGGGUGGCUGACGAGACCGAGCGUGCCUCCGGGCCGGAGGGCGGUCCUGAGGAGGGGGAGGAUGCCGCCGGCCAUGGGCGGGGGCCUGGCCGGGCCCGAGCCGCGUCCCCGGAGGGGCCGCAGUGCCUCCCAGGCUGCUAGGGCCGCGGGUGCUGAGGCGGCGGCGCGAAGCCCCAAACGGCCUGCCCGGGGCUCGUGGCGCUUCGAGGCGGUCGGCCGGUGGGCCCCGCUGGUCCUGGUGACGCUGCUGUCCUUCGCCACCCGCUUCCACCGUCUGGAGGAGCCGCGGCACAUCUGUUGGGAUGAGACUCACUUUGGAAAAAUGGGAAGCUACUAUAUCAACCGCACCUUCUUCUUUGACGUGCACCCGCCCCUGGGAAAGAUGCUGAUCGGUCUUGCUGGCUACCUGAGUGGAUAUGAUGGUACCUUUUUGUUCCAGAAGCCUGGAGACAAAUAUGAGCACCACAGCUACAUAGGAAUGAGAGGAUUCUGUGCAUUCCUCGGUUCCUGGCUGGUCCCCUUCGCCUACCUCACUGUAUUGGAUCUGUCCAGGUCCCUGCCGGCAGCACUGCUCACUGCUGCCCUCCUCACCUUUGACACAGGAUGCCUUACACUGUCCCAGUACAUCCUCCUUGACCCCAUCCUGAUGUUCUUCAUCAUGGCUGCCAUGCUGAGCAUGGUCAAGUACAACUCCUGCGCUGACAGGCCUUUCUCUGCCCCCUGGUGGUUCUGGCUCAGCCUGACGGGCAUCAGCCUCGCUGGUGCGUUAGGUGUCAAGUUUGUUGGCCUCUUUAUCAUCCUGCAAGUGGGAUUGAACACCAUUGCAGACCUUUGGCACCUGUUUGGAGACCUCAGUAUUUCACUGAUGACGGUGGGGAAACACCUGACUGCUCGCAUCCUGUGCCUCAUAGUGCUGCCUCUGGCUCUCUACACGGCCAUAUUUGCUGUGCACAUCACAGUGUUGAAUAAAAGUGGUCCUGGUGAUGGUUUCUUCAGUUCUGCCUUCCAGGCCCGGCUUUCAGGGAAUAACCUGCACAAUGCUUCCAUCCCCGAACACCUGGCCUACGGCUCUGUGAUCACCGUGAAGAACCUGAGGAUGGCUAUCGGCUACCUGCACUCCCACCCGCACCUCUACCCCGAGGGUGUCGGCGCUCGCCAGCAGCAGGUCACCACCUAUUUGCACAAGGACUACAACAACCUGUGGAUCAUCAAGAAGCAUAACACAGACUCAGAUCCCCUCGACCCUUCGUUCCCAGUGGAGUUUGUGAGACAUGGAGACAUCAUUCGGCUAGAACACAAACAGACUUCUCGUAACUUGCACAGCCACUAUCAUGAGGCCCCCCUGACCCGGAAGCACUAUCAGGUCACUGGCUAUGGAAUAAAUGGGACAGGGGAUUCGAAUGACUUUUGGCGGAUAGAGGUUGUAAACAGAAAAUUUGGAAACCGAAUCAAAGUGCUGAGAAGUCGAUUUCGCCUCAUUCAUCUGGUCACAGGUUGUGUCCUGGGCUCAUCAGGAAAGGUUCUGCCCAAGUGGGGCUGGGAGCAGCUGGAAGUUACUUGCACCCCUUACCUAAAAGAAACCCUCAGCUCCAUCUGGAAUGUGGAGGACCAUAUCAAUCCCAAACUGCCAAACAUCAGCCUGGAGGUGCUUCAGCCCAGUUUUCCUGAGAUCUUGCUGGAGUCCCACAUGGUCAUGAUCCGGGGCAACAAUGGCCUCAAACCCAAGGACAAUGAGUUCACGUCUAAACCCUGGCACUGGCCUAUCAACUACCAGGGCCUGCGCUUCUCAGGGGCCAAUGACACAGACUUCCGCGUCUAUCUGCUUGGCAACCCGGUGAGUGCCCACCAGCCCCAGCCCAGGCCCGCAAGCACUUGCGCGUGGGAAGCUGCGGGAGCUGCUGCUUUCCAUGCUCCUCCAGUUCCCGUCUCUCUGCAGGUGGUUUGGUGGCUGAAUCUGUUGAGCAUUGCUGUCUACCUCCUCUCGGGGAGCAUCAUUGCUGUAGCCAUGCAAAGAGGGGUGCGGCUGCCAGCGGAGGUCGAAGGGCUGUCCCAGGUCCUGCUGCGAGGAGGCGGCCAGGUCCUGCUUGGCUGGAUGCUGCACUACUUCCCGUUCUUCCUGAUGGGCCGCGUCCUCUACUUCCACCACUACUUCCCAGCCAUGCUCUUCUCCAGCAUGUUGACAGGCAUCCUGUGGGACACCCUCCUGCGGCUCUGUGCCUGGCGCUUGGCCAAGGGCAUCCAUGUGAUGGGAAUCCUGAGCCUGCUCCUGGGAACUGCCUACAGCUUCUACCUCUUCCAUCCUCUGGCUUAUGGGAUGGUUGGUCCUCUAGCCCAGGACCCCGAGAGUCCAAUGGCAGGACUAAGGUGGCUGGAAUCAUGGGACUUUUGAGGCUACCCUAAGGACUCCAGCCUGGCUCCAGGAGCUGCCCCGGGAUAGCCAGCUGUGGAGCCGAACCCUGGACCCUCUGACUGGAGGAAGCCGCCUGCGGAGCUUGGAGAAUUCUGCUUCCUGCCAGGACCAAGCUCUGGGAGCAAACCCGGAUGGAGUCCAACACCGGCAGAGCCACAACGCUGUGUGCAGCACCUGCGGGGCAGCGUCUCAGCCCACUCCCCUGCGAGUAGGACAGGCAGGGGGCAUGUGCACAGGGUGGGGAGUGCCUGGGAGACGGUACCCCGCGGAGUGGGCCUUGUAACUGGACAGUCAGUGGCAUAAACUGUAGAAAGCCCAGGACUGCAGUGACAUUUUCUUGUGUUCUUUCCACACUGGGUUUGCUUUGGUUUUGGUUUGUAAGACCCACCAAAACAUCUACCUCCACCAGGGCCCCAACAGCUGAGAGUGCCGGCCCCAAGGGCAGAGCAGAUGGGACCAUCACAGCGAACCCAGCUGAGGUGGGCAAGCGCCCCGAGCUCCCCCAGGGACUGCUGCCGCAAGGGCCUGCCUGUGCUGGACACAGCGCACCAGGCUCUGGGGAGCAGGGUGGCCGAGAAGGCGCCAGCCUCGGGUCAGCCUUCCUCAGCCCUCUGGGGGUGUCACACCGUGAGAUUGGCAGUAGGAGCCAUGUCCUGUGCUUGGCCACUCUGUAGCCCCAGGCCUGGGCAUGCUAGAAGGGCCUUCUCUCUGUCUCUCCGUUUCCCCCUGCUUCUGGCCUGGCCCUGAGGCUGGCCUUUGAGGACGCUUUCGUGACAGCUGCGCCAGCUGAGAGCGGGUAGGCGUGUGGUGCCGGGCUCCCUGCGGGCACCGGGGUGUGCACUGCCCCGGCCUGUCUGCCUGAAUGCCACUGUCGCCCGCUGGGCCUUCCCAGUGCCGCUGCUCCAGCCCUCCCCUCGGACGUCUCCCGGCUCAGCCCUGGGGCAUCUCCCCUUCCUCUGUCAGUUUCACCUGCCUCUUUCUCCCCAAAGACCCCAAACACCGAGAACUGGAAAGCAUGGCUGCUUCUCCUGCUUAGUGCUUUGAAGCUGAGGCCAGCUCGGCGCUCUGCUGCGCUUCCUUCCCAAAGGGAUGAAGAACACCCUUGGGUUGGCAGGAGAGGAGCCCAGGCCAGCACCCCAGCCGGCCUCCCUUGGUGCCGGCUUCGUCUCUGAGGACUCAAAGCCCCGAGGUCUAAUGAUGAGUUUGCUGCUCUCCAUCUUCCCCCUGUGCAGCUCCCAGCGACUCUUGACAGGGCCUGAGUGCUUUAAGGCGGCCGGGGAGGCAGUUGCCAUGGAGACUGGAAAUAAGUCCCAGGGACAGGUCGUGCUAUCUACUGGGCUGUGGAGAGGGAAGCUUCUGGGCCAUGCUCGGACAUUCAGACAAGCUGUCAUUAAUGUUAAUAGAGGAAACCGGCGAUGUCAAAAGCAAGGCAGCUUGGUUAAUUAGAUCUGGGGCCAGAUGACCUCCCUCUCCCACGGCUACAGCCCUUUUGAUUUCCCCCAGCAGGAAGCCGCCUGUGCUGAGCCUGGGCUGCUAGCUUAAUUGCAUCUCUGGCAAGGACGGAGAAGCUCUGCUCCCUCUUUUCCCCACCCCAGGCACAGCUGCUUGCUUAGACUGGGUGGGGGCCCCAUCGGGGUGAGCUCUCCUGGAGGUGGAGCACAGGAGGCCGUGCUUGGCUCUCAGCAGAGAAGUUGGCCUCCCCGACCUCCAGAGGUGCCUGAUGCUCCUUGGGUCGUCUUAUUUCCCAGUAGGAAGUUGCUGGAAGGGAGCAGCUCUGUGGGGCAGGCUCAGCCGGCUUCCCAGCCACCCUCCCUUCCUUCCUUCCCAGUUUGGCCCCCCUGGGAACAGCAAGAGUCCUAGGUCUGGUCUGCUGCUUCCCAGGGGUGGGCGAAGGAGAAUUCUCUCCCUCUCCCUCUCCCUCCUGCUCUAACCAGCAGCCCGGUCCACACGGGGCUUGGAGCUUUGAGUGCUUGGCUUCUGUUGUUCGGAGGAGGCUGCUGCUCUGAGUGGGGCUCCAGCCCGGGGAUGAGCAGGAAUGGUGGGUGUCCCGUUCCCAGCCAAGGUCAGCCCAGCCUCCAGACAGCUCCUUGAGCCACGUUUUAUUAAUAAUAAAGAGAAAAUGACUUUCCAGAGAUAGUGAAGGCCAUUGACUUUUGUAAUAAAUAGCUCUUGUUGUGAACGCCGUGGUGUUCUUGUACUUAAUUGAGUCUGACGCGCCCUCUGGCUCCCAGGACAGCCUCUCUGAGAAGAGAAGAAUGUUUGGAGUGCAGGAGCCAUUCCAUCGUGUCUGGGGCCUGAGCUGGCUAAUUCUAGCAGCGCUUGCCGCUGGGCUCUGGCAGCCCGGCCACCCCAGGGACAUGUGGGCCUUCCCAUGUACACGGCUGCUGGAGUAAUUGUUGGUUGUUAUUUCUGUUUCCCUAAACUUACUUUGCUCCGAAAUAAGGAGGAUGCUGGACCUGUCAUUUUUUCUCUUUUAAGCUGCCCACACAGCAUAGGAGGGAGACAGCCACGAGUGGCCCUGCGCCGUAGCAGCUUGCCAUCCUGCCUGACGGAGGCCCCUGUCUCGACGGGCUCCUCUCUCAUCAGGAGUGAUGUUAAGGGAAGUGGGGAGUUAGUACCGCCCGUGAAGCUGGGCAUCCUCUGGCCUGCCUCAGCACCCCUCUCAGGACCAAGAGUAGUUGGAGGCGGGGCAGGGGGCGGGGUCCUGUGGAUAUCCAGGAGGUAGAAAAUGCCUAGGACAAGCAGGUCAAGAAAGAAGCAGACACCAUCUGAUUGGCACAGCUUAGUUCAUGUCCUGACACAUCUGUGACGUUGAAUCCUCAUAAGGCCCACUGAAGUCGGUGAUGCUCUUGUCUCCAUUCCACCCCGGGAGAUUAAAUUAUGUUCUAAGGUCCCACGAUGAGUAAGUAACAGAACCAGGGCUCAGCGCCAAGUUGGACUUGUCUGCUUCUCCAGCCUGGUCCGCUGGGACUAGAAGCGCCUCCCAGAAAGAUCUAGCAGCCCUGGAGUCUCUGGGGAGAAGGUCCAGUGCCCCCAGUCUGCACGUCCCUCUGUACCUUCUGCCUAGUCCUGAGCACGUCCCAGGCUCUGUCUUUCCUAGUUCCCCAGCCAGCCCACACCAGAGCACGUGGGCAGGUGUUUGACACAGGUUUUCUGGGAUGACAGCCCUGAGUGGCAGCACUUGCCGUUCCCGUGGUGCGAAUGCUCCCAUGGUGGCCCAUUUCGAGCCCCCAGCUUGUUGGUCCUGAAUGAGAGGCUGGAGACAGAGGCAUACAGCUGACCUCCGCAAGCCCCCUAAGAGCUGGCUCCAGCACACCACUGACCCGCUGUGUCCCCGGUUUGGUCUGGUCUGUGGACACAGCUCUUGGCCGUGGCCCAUUAACGUGUGGGAACCAGUGGAGAGAAUGGACAUCCGACCUGACGUCAAAUCCUGGCCCCAGCACUUAACUGUGAGACCUUGAGCUGAUGACUUGACCUCCUGGGUUAACUGUAAAAUGAGGAUAUGACAGCAGCACCUACUGCAUCAAGUUACUAUGAGAAACAGGAGCUGGUGAUACAAAGGGCUUUGCACAGUGUCUGGACGGCGAUGCUUAAUAAAUGCCAGCUCCUUACUGAUGCUAGUGAAACACUGACCCCCGUGACAGCAUGUGACUCUAAAACAGGACCAGAUUUUGACCUGGCCAAGUGCUAGGCGGACACCCCACAGGGUCACGAGCCCCUGUGACUUCCCCAGCUCCUCAGUGUGGCUUCACACCCUCGGGCUUCUGGCUGGAAUACACCACCCUGGCUGCUGAGGCCCUCCUCCAGGGGGAGCAGAGGCCAGAGUGCACUUAGCCGUCUCCUCCUGCCUUCUCCUGGCUCCAGGAAGCCUCAGAGGAAGCCAUGGGUUUGAGUGUGCCAACUAUACUACCCACUAGCUAAGGAUAAUAACCCACCAGACCAAAGGAGAAAGGAGGCAAGAAGGGUUCUGGUGGAAAUUUGUCAGGGAGAUUCAA